UAACUCUCCACAAUCACCGAGCGCCCAUAUUGGUAGAGGGAAAUGAUAAUUCUUGAAGCCAAUGGCCUAUCGGAAGUAUUUCUACGCUGAUCUCGAACUGCCAUGUUGGUUGAGGGAAAGCAGCGUAAUUAUGGAUUUUUUGCCUUGCAGUGGAGGGCGGCGCUGUCUCCGUUCCAUUAUUGAGACUAGGGAUCGGGCGGCUGGAGAUGCAGCGACUGCCCCCAGGGGACCUGGACAAUAUGGUUGUGGUGGGAGAAGGAGGCUUCGGGUUGGUGUACAGAGCAUGGAGCCGGACGCUGGGGAUGGAGAUCGCUCUGAAGAAGUGUGUGCAGCAGAGGCAUGACGGGAGGUGAGACAUAGGGAAAGCACAGGGCUAAACUGGAGGAUCUCAUGAAGGAAAGAGAUCUGAUGCACAAAGCCAAUUUCACGUAUGUCCUUCGCCUUCUCGCCGUCUAUGAGAAUUCGAAUGGCGAGUGCCGUGAAUACGGACUAGUGAUGGAAUACAUGCCUCAUGGGUCACUCCACACUCUUUUUAAUAAAAUCCCAGAUGUACCAUGGGCCCUACGCUUUCGGAUUCUUCAUCAGGUGGCCCUGGGUAUGAACUACCUCCAUCACGUAUUAGUUCCUCCUAUUGUUCAUCAAGACCUUAAACCCCGGAACGUUCUAUUAAACAAAGUCUUAGACGUCCAACUGACAGAUUUUGGUUUGUCCAAAACUUUGACCUCCGCAUCCACCUACUCAACGGGUGGAACUUUGGCUUACAUGCCUCCGGAAGCCUUAGAGGAUGUCAACUACAAGCCAAGCAAGGCAUUCGAUGUGUACAGCUUUGGCAUCUUAACCUGGUCAGUAUUGUCAGGUCAGGAACCAUAUUCUGACGUAAAUAGCAUCCUGAUUAUGAAGCUUAUACCUCGGGGUCAUAGGCCUCCAGUGAGCGAGGUGGAAAAGUGGGCAGCUGAGAAGAUGGUCCCACAAGCUAGCAAUCUAAUGAAAAAAUGCUGGGAUGGCCAGGCAGAAAAGCGACCAAGCUUCAGUGACUGUAUACAGGUGACACAGUCCAUGUUAAAGGAAUACGCGGGGCAAAUAGAUUUGGCUGUAGAAGAUGCGUUGAGCCGACUUAAGGACCUCAAUACACAGGAGAAGCAGGGACCCAGCUUUGUGGGCUUGAGCGCUGCCAACGUAACUACUGGCACUUCUGGAGGCUUCCGUCAUUGUCUCCGCAUGCUGAAUGAUACAAUUGAUGGGCCACCCCCGAUUGUAAGUUCUGCUUCUCCCGAUGUCUCCAACAAUGUAGAGCGCACUGCAGGGCAGGUGAACUCCAUAAGGAAAAUACAGUUUAAUGCCCCCAAAAAUGCUAAAGAAUUCAUAAAGAAGAACUUCUCUACCAUCGUCACGGCCAGACCUUAUGUCGGUGCCAUCUUGCCCGCUCUUUUCUCGGAGAGGAUCUUCAACCAAGAGGAACUGAGUGUCAUUGAGAGCAGCGGAACUGCUGAGAAUCAAACCAGGAACAUUUUGGUUGACGUCAUGAACAAAGGCCAAAGGAGUUCCGUUAGGUUUCUAGAACUGUUGGCAGAGCACCACCCUUCUCUAGUGGAAUCCUUGGUGCCCUUGUAGAUGAUUUGAGGUCUUCUUUUUAUGAUUCUGUAGCUCAUAAGGGUCUCUGGCCUCUUCUUUUUACAGUAUCCAUGGUAUCACUAGUUACCCAUCAACUCUAUUGUGUUAUUGGAACCCAUCAGGAUCCAGUGUUCCGCUGAGCCGGAUCUGAAGUCAUGUGCUUUUAAAGCUCCGGACAACUGAAUGCUACAAUUUUACCUUUUCCUUUGACCGUGAUAUUCUGUGAAGAUCUGCAGUUGCUCUUGAAUUCUGGAAUCUGUUCUGUAGCUUUCCAGUUUGGGAUUUAAUGGUCUGGUUCUAGGUGCAUUCCGGCAGUGAUUUCAGGGGUGGUUUACCUUUAAGUUAACUUUUAGUAUGUUAUAGAAUUAUAGAAAGCUACUUUUCAGCCUUCAUCUUUUCUUUUUUUUUAUAGUUUUCGAGUGAUUUGCCUUCUUCUGACUCAUUCCAACUUUCAAAUGGGGGGGUCACUGACCCCCAUCUAAAAACAAUGC